AUUUAAUUAGUUACAUAGUUUUACUAAACAUUUUGUGCUAAGUUGCAGUUGUCACAGAAGGUGGUACUUGUUAUAUACCUAGUUAAAAAUUUAGCUAGUUCCAAAUUUAAAAGUAGUUAAAAGUAGGCAACCCAAAAAACACUAAUUUAAAAUACAAAAUAUCUUCUACAAUUAUUGAUUUAAAACACUACAGUCUAGGUUGAUUUUACUUUUCAUAACAAAUUUAAACAAACCUGGUUAUUAAGGUACCGGUUUUUAAAUCGAUUUAGAUUUUAACCUCACAAAUAAGUUUGGGGCCGGACUUAUUAGACUGUUGAAUGUGUUAAAUUUAUUUUGACCCUUCUAGACAAGUAUAAAUUUUAACCAAAUUAACUUUUUUAAGUCGUAAUUAAAUAUUUAAAUUGGGCUUAAUUCAUGUGUAAAAAUUAAUUUCGGUAUUAAAAAGUGAGGUUAUAUAAGUUUGGUUUGUUUUUAUUUGUGCUAAAGUUUUCAAUUUUUUUUAUUUAAUGAUGCCUACGUAUUGUGAAACACCUCCAGAGCACCUCCAAUCUAAGACAAUCAUAGUGAUCCAUCCAGGCUCAUUAAAUCUCCGUAUAGGGCGUGCUUCUGAUUUAAAUCCUUUGACAAUUUUGCACGCGAUAGCUCGUCGAUGUUUGAAUAAGAAAUACCAAUAUAGAGACUCAUUCCUACCUCCUCGAAUAGAUUUGAGCCAGCCUCAAGAAUUUGAAGAUGCCCGUCUUUCUGUCUCUCACACUUUACAAUCCUGCUUGCAAUCAGAUGGUCGCAGACGCUAUGCGACGCCCCCACAACAAAUCGCCGCCUUCAAUCGUCGAGCCAAACCGGAAGUUUUGGGGCCAAGUGGCGGCGAGUGGUUAAAAGUUGAGGGGGACACAGUCAUAGGAAACGAUAUUUUAAAACUUGAUCCUAAAGAAAAUUUCAACAUCCAUUUCCCUUUCAAAAGAGGCGAUUUUAACAUACAUCCAGGGCCCGGGGGCUCUAUGACUUCAGUAUUAGUAGACUUAGAAACGAUAUGGACGCAUGUCUUAGAGACACAUUUUCAAAUCGAAAAAAAAGAUUUCAAACAUCACAAAGCUGUACUUAUUAUACCGGAUGUUUAUAAUAGGACGUAUCUGAGAGAACUUAUGUAUUUAUUAUUGUUGAAGAUGGGGUUCGGAAGCUGUUUUCUUGUUCAAGACCAUGUUGCUGCCACUUUUGGUUCAGGUUUAAGCUACGCAUGUGUAGUGGAUGUAGGAGACCAAAAAACUUCAGUUUCGUGCGUUGAGGAUGGUAUUUGUCAUCCCAACACCAGGGUUCGACUAGAAUAUGGUGGUGGAGACAUUACACAGAUUUUCUAUUGGUUGCUACAAAAGUGUGCUUUUCCAUACAAAGAAUGUAACGAUCAAAAUAAAUUAGAUUCCAUGUUAUUACGCAAAUUGAAGGAAGAUUUCUGCCAUGUUAACUUGGAUAUUUGUGGUUCGCAAGAAAAGACUUUGAUUCUGAAACAGCCGGGAAAACCUAUUUUAAAAUACACGAUCCAAGUUGGCGAUGAGUGUAUAGUGGCGCCCCUUAGUAUGUUUAGCCCGGAACUUUUUGGUAUAACCGGUGUUAAGACUAUAAGAACGCAAAAGGCAUCGACUGGGGAUCCGGAGGAUCCUCAUGAUGAGAAUUACUUGCGAGACAUAAGACGGAAAGGAAUGAAAGAUAAUAUGGAACCGAGCACUUCUGAUCUGCUCAGUGAGCCAUACUUAGAGCAAUCACAGAAUCCCACAAACGAAGAUGAUGUUGUAGUCGAUGCAAUCGAUACGGUUGCACCCAGCUAUGACAAAGAAUUUGUAAUCGCCCCGGGUCAGAUCUUGGGUCUUGAUCAGGCAGUUCUUCAAAGUAUCGAUAGAUGUCCUAACGAGGACCUUAAACGAAAAAUGUAUGGUUGCAUUUUGAUCGUUGGUGGCGGGAUGAAAUUUUCAGGAAUUGGGACGUGGCUCCAAAAUAGGAUUUCAUUGCAAAUCCCGUACUUAUAUCGCGCUGAACAGCUUGAUAUUAUAACAAAUCCCAGAGAUAUGGAUCCGGCGAUGGUUGCAUGGAAAGGUGCUUGCAUAAUGUCCUGCUUGGAGACGGCUCAUGAAUUGUGGAUUUUGGCCUCUGAGUGGGAAAAAUACGGGGUGCGAAUAUUGCGAGAAAGAGCGCCUUUUACAUGGUGAUUUGUAUUGAAAUAAAGCUUUUUACAUA